AUGAAAAAAAUUAUAAUUUUCUUAUUCAUUUCAUUAAUACCAAUAGCAUAUUUGAGUAAAGCUGAAAAUCAGCUGUACAGAGAUAUAUUAAGCAAUUAUAGUAAGUUAGUAAGACCAGUACGUAAUGCAUCUCAUGCUCUUAAUGUCGAAAUGAAAGUCUUCUUACAACAAAUUAUGGGAUUGGAUGGAAAGAAUCAAAUUAUUGAAUUGAAUGCUUGGUUGAAAUUUAUAUGGAUGGAUUACCGAAUGACUUGGGAUCCCAAUAGGUAUGAAGGAAUAACAAGCAUCCGCUUUGCUGGAGGAGAAAAUCAAAUUUGGAGACCUGACAUUCUAUUGUAUAACAGUGCCAGCGAAGAAUUUGAUUCAACUUUUAAAUCAAACGAAGUUGUUUACAAUACUGGUGAAAUAAACUGGGUGCCACCUGGGAUCUUUCGAGCAAGUUGCAAGAUGGAUAUCACAUAUUUUCCUUUUGAUAGACAGACAUGCUAUUUGAAGUUUGGUAGCUGGACAUAUCAUGGGAAUGCAUUGGAUCUACAUAUUAGUCAAGAUGUUGAGAAUAAGAUGACUGGUAUGGAUUUAUCAACAUAUACUCCAAGUGGAGAAUGGGAUCUGAUAAGUGCACCGGGUGAGCGCGAAGUAACGUACACUGCCUGCUGCCCUGAACCAUACUCUACAGUUACUUUCUAUAUGAUACUGAGACGUCGAACAAUUUUUUAUCUUUUCAACAUAGUUCUUCCAUCACUAUUAGUAUCCACAAUGACAUUAAUGGGCUUCUGUUUGCCUGCACAUGAUAUGAGUGAGAAGAUUGGUUAUCAAACCACUAUACUAUUAUCUAUUUGUUUUUUUGUUACCAUUGUCAGUGAAACAACUCCACCAACUUCUGAAGCUGUUCCUCUUCUAGGAAUGUUUUUUUCAACAUUGACUUUGCUGAUAUCGUUAUCAACAGCUUUUACCAUAACGGUUCUGAACCUCCGUUAUCGACAGACGACUAACACUAAAAUGUCUCCAACAUUUCAUAAAGUAUUCUUGGAGUGGAUUCCAUGGUUUUUGAUGAUGAAACGUCCUGGAACACGUUACAAGCGAAGAAAGGCCGCAGUCAAAACAGAAUCAUUGAGUUCAAUUGAUUCACUCGAAUAUGCAGGAUCAAUGGAGACGAUGCAAGAAACAAGUUUUGAAACAACCACUACAGGACUGACAUCCAUGAACCCCCUGCUGAAGAAGUUGGAUAGCAUUCCAACAGAAAAUUUGCAAUUGAAUCGUAAGGUUGGCACGGGAAUAUUCAAAAAUAAAUUGAAUGGAAGAAAGACGAAUGGCUUACGCUCGAACAAACGGAUGAAACAGAUUGAAAAAUAUGUCACAAAAUUCACAAAAGAAUAUUCUCAACUAAAGACAAAUCACAGUGAGUAUGUUUUACGCGUCGUUUCCUAUUACCAACAGAUUUUGAUGCGUUUGCGUCAAAUAAGAACUAGUUUUGAAGAGAAAAGAAAUUUGAAAAUGCGUCAGGAGGAUUGGAAGUAUGCGGCUCUUGUGCUUGAUCGUUUCUGUUUAGUCUUAUUCACCAUCUUUAUAUCUAUUUGUUUAAUUGCAAUAUUCUGUUCAACUCCUCAAUUGCUAUUGUGA